UCAGGUAUAAUCAUUUUAUUAUGUCAAGCAUCUGUUACAUUGAAUAAACUCACUACAGAGUCCAGGGCUGCAUAUUGAAAACCAAUUUGCUGUAAUAUCCCAAUUCUGUGAAGCAGCUUAAACUAAAGAAGAAAGAUGCAAGAAAAUAAAGCUUCACUGUGCUUUUCUAUUGCAUUAAAGUUACAUCCUAAAAACAAAGAAAAUGCAUUCUCAAACAGCGUCCAGUCAUAUUAUAUAUCACUACACCACUAUAUUAAAGAGUGACACAGAAAUGCUACAGGAAACAAAUGCUAACUGACGACGACACUCAAUAAUACACAUUCAUCAUUUCUCUACUACUUGCACUGCUGUGUAUCCUCUCUAAAGGAAGCUUCCAGUUCAUCAAGAUAAAUGUCUGAACUCCCCCUUGCAUGAUCAUUCCCACAAACUGAAAACAAUUCUUGUUUACUUGUGUCCAUUGUUAUUCAAAGCUAAAAGCUUUUCCCCUUCAGGCUGUCCAUUGUAAUCUAUGCUGCUGCUCAGCACACAGAGGAAAGGUAGCGUCCAAGGUUCUCAAGAUGUUUCCUUUGCUGGCACAAUGUGUGUACGCACGAGAGCCUGCGGUGCCAUUCUGUGCUGAACAGCAGCAUUGCACUGCUACCCAUAAUGCAUUGUGGGAAAGUUAACACCCAUUUUGUUUACCUGGAGCAAACCAUACACGGAAACUACCAGUCUGAAGGGAGCUGAGAAAAACCAAAGCCAAAUGAACAGAUAAGAAAAGAACUUAUGGGAAAGUUGAUUCUUCCGUAGUCAAAGUGGAUUUUACAGAUACUCUGGAUACUUUUUCUUUUAAAGAUACUUUGCAGUUUGUUUACCUGCCUUCUUGGCAUUACAAAGGUGUGAGUGAGAGAAGUAGGACAGUCAGAGCCGAGGGAGGAGCUGCAGGGUUCUCCAUGUAUGGGCUGCAGCUCUGUUCAUAUGGUAAAUAGAUGGUCACAUGGGGCAAUAGUCUUGAAGCAGUGGGGAGAAAAGGGAGGGAAAGGAACAAGGAGAGAGAGAGGAGUGAAGAGAUACACUGGAGGACUUUGGCCUGCCUCAUGUGCAGGAGGCGGCACUUUCACCCUGAGUUUAGAGCCCACUGGAUCACAUUACAAAAAGAAAGGAAACAACAGGUUUAAAGUGAGUGCCAUGUUGUGGUCAAACCUGAGCCCUUAGCUUUCCUCACUGGGGCCCUAACAGGGCUCUGUUUCUUUCACCGGACUCCCUUCAUAUACUGUUUUUAUCUCUUCCCCGCGGGAGUGAAAGUUCAGCAGCUAGUGUCAUCCUGGUCGGCGCCAGCGGAGACCUUUUCAUACUUUCUUUUACCAGGAAGUAAAGAGCCAAGAUGCCCACCUUCACUGUGGUGCCAGUGGAGGAUGCGGACGACGGCAGCAACAGUGCCGGUGCAGCCGGAGGAAGCAAACCCGUCAGUCUGGGCAAAAUCUUUGGGGAGGAAAAUGAUAAGGAGAACUUACAAGGAGCUCACUCAGGAGAUGAGGAUCAGAGAGAGUCCAGUCCAUUCCUCAACUCAGACAAUGAUGGAGGACACUAUUAUGAAGGAAAGAACAUGGCCCUGUUUGAGGAGGAAAUGGACAGUAACCCCAUGGUGUCAUCUCUUCUCAACAAGUUGGCCAACUACACCAACCUGACCCAGGGUGUUCGUGAGCACGAGGAGGCCGAGGAGGACGGGGUCAGGAGGGUCACAGUCAUGGUCCCCCAGAUGGGAACCUUCAUCGGAGUGUACCUGCCCUGCAUGCAGAACAUCCUGGGUGUCAUCCUCUUCCUGCGUCUCACCUGGAUCGUCGGCACAGCAGGAAUCCUGGGAUCCUUCGCCAUCGUCUCCAUGUGCUGCGUCUGUACUUUGCUCACAGCCAUAUCAAUGAGCGCCAUAGCGACCAAUGGAGUUGUUCCAGCCGGCGGCUCGUACUACAUGAUCUCCAGAUCUUUGGGUCCGGAGUUUGGAGGCGCAGUGGGACUCUGUUUCUACCUGGGGACCACCUUCGCCGGAUCCUUGUACAUACUGGGAACCAUAGAGAUUCUGCUGACGUACAUUGUCCCGACAGCCACGAUAUUUAAAGAAGGCGAUAACGCAGCAAUGCUCAACAAUAUGCGCGUCUAUGGCACGUGCUGCUUGGUGAUAAUGGCGCUGGUAGUGUUUGUAGGGGUGAAGUACGUGAACAAACUGGCUCUGGUGUUUCUGACCUGUGUGGUUCUGUCUAUCAUGGCCACUUACGCCGGAGCAAUCAAGACGCUCAUCCAACCGCCUGAGUUCAACGUCUGUUUGUUGGGGAACCGCUCCCUGAAGAACGAAAAGUUUGAAACGUGCGCAAAGACGGAGGAUGUGAAAAACCUCACGGUGACCACCGAGCUCUGGCCCCUCUUCUGCAACAGUAACCACAGCAACGCCACCUGCGACGAGUACUUCUCCUUAAACAACCUGACGGAAAUACAGGCCAUACCUGGGCUUCGGAGCGGAGUUAUCAAAGACAACCUGUGGGGCAACUACGGUCCGGCUGGUAUGUUCAUAGAGAAGGAAAACCAGCCUUCAGCACCGGAGCAGGAACCCACCAAAGACGUCCAUAGGCCGUACGUCUUCAAUGACAUCACCACCUACUUCACUCUGCUGGUGGGAAUCUACUUCCCCUCCGUCACAGGUAUAAUGGCUGGUUCUAACAGGUCAGGUGAUCUCAGAGACGCCCAGAGGUCGAUCCCAAUAGGAACCAUCAUGGCUAUUCUCACCACCUCUUUCAUCUACAUCUCCUUUGUGGUGCUGUUUGGAGCCUGUAUUGAGGGAGUGGUGCUGAGAGACAAGUUUGGUUACUCAGUGAAGAAGAACCCGGUGAUUGGUAUUCUGGCCUGGCCGUCACCCUGGGUGAUCGUGAUCGGCUCCUUUUUCUCCUGCUGCGGGGCGGGGCUCCAGAGCCUCACCGGCGCCCCCCGGCUGUUGCAGGCCAUCGCUCGGGACGGCAUCAUCCCGUUCCUGCAGGUCUUUGGUCACGGGAAGACGAACGGUGAACCCACCUGGGCUCUGCUGCUGACGGUCGGGAUCUGCGAGAUAGGAAUCCUCAUCGCUUCUCUGGACGACGUGGCCCCCAUCCUGUCCAUGUUCUUCCUCAUGUGCUACCUGUUCGUCAACCUGGCCUGCGCUGUGCAGACUUUGCUCCGAACGCCCAACUGGAGGCCGCGCUUCAAGUUCUAUCACUGGACCCUGUCCUUCUUAGGGAUGAGUCUGUGUCUCUCCCUUAUGUUUGUCUCCUCCUGGUACUACGCCCUGGUUGCCAUGGUGAUAGCUGGAUGUAUCUACAAGUACAUUGAGUACAGAGGGGCAGUGAAGGAGUGGGGAGACGGUAUCCGAGGCCUGUCUUUGAAUGCAGCGCGGUACGCUCUCAUCCGGCUGGAGGAAGCACCGCCGCACACCAAAAACUGGAGGCCUCAGCUGUUGGUGCUGUGUAAGCUGAACUCGGACCUGGCGGUGAAACACCCUCGUCUCCUGUCAUUCACCACACAGCUCAAAGCGGGGAAGGGACUGACCAUCGUCUGCUCGGUCCUGGAGGGAACCUACAUGACCCGGGGGAACGACGCCAAGACCGGAGAGCAGAACUUGAAAGCUGCCAUGGCCGCAGAGCGAACCAAGGGUUUCUCCCAUGUGGUGGUUUCAUCCAACCUGCGGGACGGUUUCUCUCUGCUCAUCCAGUCAGCAGGACUGGGAGGAAUGAAACACAAUGCCGUCCUGAUGGCCUGGCCAGCAGGGUGGAAACAAGCCCGGGACUCCUCUGCAAGGAGGAAUUUCAUAGAAACGGUGAGAGAGACGACGUCGGCACAUCAGGCUCUGCUGGUUGCUAAGAACAUUGACCACUUCCCUAGCAACCAGGAGCGUCUGAAACAGGGAAACAUUGACGUGUGGUGGAUCGUACACGAUGGGGGACUGCUCAUGCUGCUGCCAUUUUUACUUAGUCAGCACAAGGUGUGGAGGAAGUGCAACAUGCGAAUCUUCACGGUGGCUCAGAUGGACGACAACUCCAUCCAGAUGAAGAAAGAUCUCCAGAUGUUUCUCUACCAUCUACGGCUGGAUGCAGUGGUGGAGGUGGUGGAAAUGCACGACAGCGAUAUCUCAGCCUUCACCUACGAGAAGACGCUGGUGAUGGAGCAGAGGUCUCAGAUGCUCAAACAGAUGCAGCUGUCUCGCACUGAGAGGGAGAGAGAGAUUCAGAGCAUCACAGACGUAUCACGUGGCUCCAUAAAGAGGAAGAAGUCGUCGCGCAUUGAUGCCCCGCCCCUCAACAUGCUGUGCAUACCAGAGGAUGAGGCCCAGCUGAUCCACGACCGCAACACGGCCUCUCACUCCACAAUGAACGACAAAGCCACGCCGGAUCGCGUCCACAUGACCUGGACCAAAGACAAACUGAUCAACGAGAGGAACAGACAGAGAGAGGCCAUGGCAGUUAAAGACAUGUUUAAUAUGAAACCUGAGUGGGAGAAUCUCAACCAGUCCAACGUGCGGAGGAUGCACACGGCUGUGAAGCUCAAUGAGGUGGUCGUCAAGAAAUCCUGUAAUUCGGACCUGGUCCUGCUCAACAUGCCCGGACCACCGAAGAACAAGAAAGGAGACGAGAACUAUAUGGAGUUUUUGGAGGUUCUGAUGGAAGGAUUAGAUCGCGUCCUGUUGGUCCGCGGAGGAGGUCGGGAGGUCAUCACCAUCUACUCUUAGCACCGGUUUGGUCCUAACGGGUUCAGACACUGGAGGGGAAACAGCGGGAACCCGGACAGAGGAGGACAUGGUUUCGAGGUCGGACGUGGACGAAGACGUCUGAAAGUACAGGACAAACCUCCUCACUCUGUCCGGACAAAAGAAACUUGAGUGCUGCCUAACAUUUUGUAGGAGGACUUUAGUCGCUGUGAAGGACCCCCCACAUCUCUACACUGGAAGACGCUGCCGUCUGCGAACCGAGUUCAACAUGUUAUAUUUCUUCAUUUCUUCUUUUUCUUUUUGGAAGAGAGAACACUCACGACAACUUGUAGUUAAACUGUUAGCAUUGCAUAGCUUUUCGGAGCUAGCAGCAAGCCCAUUGGUUUCAAUGAGGAACGCUGACGUAGCUACGCUGUCUUUAUUUCAGUGCCACUGAGGAAACAUUUCAACGACUGACUUUUGGACGAGAGAAGAGUUGAACGUGUUUUUAAGUCAUUAUAUUUCUUUUUAUAGAAUAUCGUGUUUGCCUCACGUCACUGCAAAUAACAUUAGAAUAAACUAAAUGUUUAGCAUUGAUUAGAAUCAAUAGUUAGGAUUGUGUUGAACACUGCUCGCCUGUCUUAAUGUCAGAGACAGCGUCAGUGAGACAUGUGUGAUCAAAAAGGACGAGGAUGUUGUGUGUGUAUGUCCCUGUAAAUGGACUGAACAUUAAAGUCUGAUGUGACGGAAUCAGAUGAACAGAAGAGGACAGGUUCCUUUACAUCAUGUCUUUACAAACAUAUAUGAUGAAACUGGACUUUCUCCUAGAGCCUUCCAGACAUAUUGAAAUGAGUGUUUUAGCUCAUCUGGCGUCCAUUAGGAGACGGUCUGCGGUGUCAAAGUCCAACCCGCUCUCCCGCCACAACCUCCUUCCCAAGAUAUUUGCUGCAGAAUAAGAACAUGCUAAUACCUGUAUCCUUCUGUUUCUGUGCACUACUGUGAUUUCUACAAACACCAGUUUGAUGAACAUACAGUCGGUUGUUUUACGUGUAAGUCAUUUAAACGCAACGCUAUCAAGUGUGUUAUUUUCCAGCCCCAGUUUGUGCCUCUGAUGUGUUUCCGUUACAGCUUCACAUCCAGUUCUCUGACAAAUAAAAACCCUUCAAUGUUCGAAAAAUGCA